UAAAAUUUCCUGGAAUAAAUUUCAGAAAUAAAAUCUUCGAUCAUUUUGUAGUUUAAAUUCUUUUCUUCUUUUUUAUUUAUUUAAAGCUGUAUAGAAAUGGAUCAGCAUUAUUGUUUGCGCUGGAACAAACAUCUAACAAAUCUAACAGAUGUCCUAAUAUCACUACUAGAGCGGGAAGCGCUCUGUGAUGUGACGCUUUCGGUGGGCAACAAUAAAACGAUAAAGGCGCAUCAAGCAAUUUUAUCAGCAUGUAGUCCAUAUUUCGAAAGUAUCUUCAUUGAAAAUACUCACCCGCAUCCCAUAAUGUACAUGGGAAAUGUAGAUUUUGAAGAUCUUAAGGCAAUUAUUGAAUACAUUUACAAAGGAGAGGUGAACAUAGCACAAAAUUCACUGCAGAAAUUUCUCAAAACGGCUGUUGAUUUGCAAGUGAGUACAAUGCAAUGUUGUAGAUUAAAAUUUGUAAAGGGACUUGUUGAGACCAACAACAUCAGCUAUAAUCCCGAGAACGUGAAUGAACCGAAUUUAUCAGCAGCAUCACCAAUUCAGCCGCCAGACAAUGAGAAUGCAAAUUUUGAAAAUAAUCACGGAAGUAAUCGUCAUCUCGACCGUGGACAUUUUAUUAGUGAACGAUUCGGUGAUAACAAUGAGCCGCAUAUACCUUCUUACAAAGAUCAUGAUCGGAAAAAUGAUAAUGAUCCACGAUUGGAUUUAUCGCCGAAUCCAGAUCAAGCGAGUAGAAAAAGACGAAAAGUUUCAAGCUGUGAUACACCCUCGUUACCAUUGCAAUCUUCCUUAUCGCGACAUCCUUCAGAAUCCCAGAAAACGAAGAAGAAAAAGUUGUUUAGUUGCGACAUCAUCAUAAACAGAUUUAUUGCAACAAUUUUUUAUUCUUUAAUAUAA